AUGCGUCUCCAUCGAUGUCGUGGCACUCUGAUGAGCGAAGCACAGCUUGCAUGGUCCGGCCUGCCACAUGAGCAUACCUACCAGUCACCGGAAUACUCCGUCCCGAUUCUUACAACAAGCCGCUGUCGCCAUGCAAUCGAGCAGCAUGCUCUUUUACCCCAAGAUCUUGUGCUGACGCAUGAGAACAUUCAUCUUCGUUCAGAAUGGCAGCGAGGUAUGUCUGCCUGGCCAGAUACCAGCAAUGGCCCUUUGAAGACUGUCAUCUUGACAACAUCUCCGUCCCUGACUCCACGUCUUCCCGCCUGGGGUCGUCCCACUCAAUGA